GCCUCUGAAAAAUAACAGUGACUAUGACAGUGACCUAACCUAUAAUAAAAGAAUAACAAAACUGAAAUGUUUGAUCUUAUAAAAAGCAAAUAAUAUACAAAAACGAUAUGGAAUCUGUCAACGAAGGAAGAUCUACUUGUAAAUGUGACGAAAAUCAUGAAGAUUUAAUCAAAUUCCUUUGUGGUAGGGUCGAUGCCGUUUAUUCGUUCAGAGACAGAUACUUUGAGAACCACCAAAUUGAGGAAGCCAUAAAUAAAUCUGAAGAAAUAAAAAAACUCCUUUCAGAUACUCUAAGUGUUUUCAAUGACCAUGAACACCUGAUAACUGAUGACACUAGGGCAAAGUACAAUUAUCUCAAAGGAAAAUUAUUAAAUGUUGUUCCUACAUAUGACAAAGAUGCUGAAAAUUUACUAUCAAAGUCAAUUAAGCUAGAUCCUAAGCUUGUUGAGGCUUGGAAUGAAUUGGGAGAGUGUUAUUGGAAGAAUGAUGAACUCAGAAAGGCAGUUAAUUGUUUCGAGGGAGCCUUAAAAGAGAAACGGAAUAAAUACUCACUAAGAAAUCUUUCGAUGCUCGCUAGACAAGAAGAAUCAAAAAAUCGUGAAGAAAGGAUAAAAAAUAUUGAGAAAGGACUAGAUCAUGCGAAAGAAGCUGUUCAACUUGAUCCUCAAGAUGGAUUAUCUUGGGCAAUAUUGGGCAAUGCGCACCUCUCCUCUUUUUUUGGUAUACAACAAAACCCCAGUAUUCUCAAGAAGUGUUUAGGUGCUUAUUGUCAGGCAGAGAAGGACUUUGUGGCUAAGAGUACUCCUGAUUUGCACUAUAAUAAAGCAAUAACUUUAAAAUAUGAGGAGGAAUUUAAACUAGCUUUAGACUCAUUCAAAGAAGCUUCAUUGUAUGAUCCUACCUGGGAACCACCAAAAAUCAAGGAGAAACAAUUAGUUAAAUACCUAAAUGAUAUCAAGGAACUUGUGACCACUUCUGGAAAGAUGAAGGCUAAAAGAUUACACCAAAUCCUUCAG